AUGAGAUACUAAAUAAAGUAAGGAGAAAUAAAUAAAAAUACAAAUAAUAUGAUCACAUAAAGAAUAAAUAAACAUAAAUUUAAAAGGCAAUAAGACAAUUUGGAUUAAGAAACAGAAAUUACAAUUUAUAAUAUCUAUUUAAUGAUAAAAUUUCGCGAUUGGGGUUUAAUAAAGCCUAAUCCAGUAACGAAAUGUUUUGCUUAAUAAUUUUAAUAUUGA